UAUAUAUAGAUAUACUGCAUCCACCCCUUUUUUAUUUUCCUUUGCGCCCCCUCCCCGUUUUGCCCCCUUUCCCCACCCCCAGGCUUGCAAUUAAUUAAUUGCAAUUAAUCUUUUUUUUAUACGUAUUUGCUUUGCUUCCACCCUUUUUCUAUUUCCCUGCGCCCACUUUUGCCCCCCAACCCCGGGAUGUCCUCGCCUUCCCCGUCCUCCUUCCUGGGCUUAAAGUCCCCGGAGCGUCCCAAAGCGCCGCGGACCCGGGCGGCGACUUGGAGCCACCGGGAGACGCUGGAUUUCCUGGCGCUGUGGGGGGAGGAAGGGAUCCAGGCGCAGCUGAGCCGGUGCCACCGCAAUGCCGACGUGUACCAGUGGAUCUCGGAGCGCAUGGCCGAGAAGGGCUACUUCCGCGACGAGGACCAGUGCCGCACCAAGGGCAAGGACCUCAAGAAGAGCUACAAGCAAGCCAAGCUGCACGACGGCCUCGCCCGGCAGCGCUGCCGCUUCUUCCACGAGCUGGAUGCCAUCCUGGGCGGGGGCGACCCCCCCGGCGGGGCUCCCUGGUGCCAGGUGGUGAUCAAGGAGGAGAGCGACCCCGAGCUGGAUCCCGAGCAGGACCUGCAGGAGGAGGACUACGCCUGGACCCAGGUGGACAACAACAGCGACCUGGACCCGCAGGGCGAGCCUUCCUCCCUUGCAGCAGCAGCAGCCUCCUCUUCCUCCUCCUCCUCCUCGCCCCAAGUGCUCCACCACGAGGACGGCGUGGCCCCGAUCCUGCACCACCACUUGCACCACCAUGCCGUCAAGGAAGAGAAAAGCCCCGGCCGGGAAGAAUCCGGUCCCCUCCGUGGAGGAGUGGUACCCUAUCUGUACCCCCCAGAGGAGGCGCGCAUGGACAGCCCCCCGAGGGACAGUCUCCAGCCACCACUCCUGCGGCAUGAACCCCGGGCUCAACCGGACGCUCCCUGGCGGCCUGGGCUGAGCCGCAGAGCUUUCCCGAGACCACGAACCCUGAUGAGCACGCGAGAAAAGCUCGCUCAUCUCCGAAACAGAAGGAAGAGACCCCGGGAUGAUAAAUUCGACGAGCUCGUCCGGGACAUCCGGACGCAUUUCCGGGAGCGGGAGAAACUGUUCCAGGGCUUGUGGGAGGACGAGAAGGCCCAGCGGGAGAAAGACCGGAGGCUGUGGGCCGCCGAGAUGGACUGGAUCCGGCAGAUGUGGGCGAAGAGCCAAAAAGAGAGAGAGGCUGCGGGAGAAGGACGGGAGAAGGGCGGGUCUCCGCUUGUCAAAGAGGAGACCUGGAAUCUCUGCAAAGACCUUGAUGGGGACCUUCCGAAAGACACCAGCGUUCAAGAGCCGCUGCUCUUAAAGGCCUGGCUGGAGUCUCACAGCCGUAGCUUUGGGCAUUUCGUGGAUGGCGAGUGGCUGAAACCGGGGGGAAGGGAGACCUACGCCACCAAAAAUCCCACGACAGGGGAACACUUAGCCACCACCCUCCAGGGGAAUGGAGAAGACGUCAAAGUGGCUGUCGGUGCCGCCAUGAAAGCUUUUCAAACCUGGGGCCAACAACCUGGUCACGUUCGAGCACGGCACCUCUACAAUGUGGCCAGGACCAUCCAAAAACACCAGCGGUUGCUCAGCCUCCUGGAGAGUCUAGACGGUGGGAAACUUCUCCGCGAGGCCCGGGAUGGAGACCUGCCUUUGGUGGUCCGUCAUUUCUACCAUUACGCUGGCUGGGCCCAGCUGAUGGAGGUGGAGAUGAAGGACUGGAAACCUCUUGGUGCCGUAGCUGUUCUCAUCCCGCGGAACUUUCCUUUGUUGACUCUGGCUUGGAAGGUGUGUCCAGCGCUGGCCAUGGGGAACACAGUGGUGGUCAAACCGGCCAGCUCAACCCGUCUGACGGCUCUGCUCCUGGCCGAGGUCUGUGCCCAAGCCGGGCUACCUCCUGGCGUCUUCAAUGUUAUCACGGGUGACCAGGCGCUGGGCGAGGCGUUGGCCUCCCAUCCGGGCCUUGACAAAGUGGCUUUUGCAGGUUCCGCUGAGGCCGGCCGCAGCCUGCGACGGGCAACGGCUGGGACUGGCAAGAAGCUUUCUCUGCAACUUGGAGGGAAGUCGCCCUUCAUCGUCUUUGACUCUGCUGACUUGGAUAGUGCCGUCGAUGGGCUGGUGGAUGCCAUUUGGCUGAACCGGGGACAGGCCCACAAUGUCGGGUCCCAGCUGCUCCUGCAGGAAUCUAUUGCCAAAGAUUUCAUUCAGCGCCUGAAGCACCGGAUGGGUCAGCUGCGUGUGGGGGACUCUCUGGACAAGGCAGUGGAUCUGGGUGUCCUGGGUGACGAGGAGCAGCGAGAUGCCAUUGAGAGUCUUGUGGCUGAAGCUCGGGCGGAGGGUGCUGAGAUCUUCCAGACCUGUGCAGCCCUCCCGUCCAGUGGGUCCUUCUACCCUCCAACCUUAAUCACUGGUGUGUACACUACCUCCCGCUGCGUCAGGGAAGAGUUAUUCGGACCUGUUCUAGUAGCACUGACCUUCCGGACAGCCAAGGAAGCUGUGGCAUUGGGGAAUGGCAGCCCCUAUGGAUUGGUUGCCAGCGUGUGGACGGAGACCCUUCCUCUGGCUCUGGAAGUUGCCCACUGUUUGCAGGUUGGGACUGUUUGGAUCAACGGCCUCAACAUGCUCGAUGCCGCGUCUGCGUUUGGAGGUUGCAAGGAAAGCGGCUUCGGCCGGGACGGAGGCAAAGAGAGCCUUUAUGAGUAUGUGAGACCAAACUGGCAGCUCCGUCCGGGCCACAUUACCGUGGACAUCAGCUACAAAACCUUUGCUACCUCACAGGGGGCUGAGAUGCCUCCAAUCCCCGGGGAGAAGCGAGUUCUACAUUCCACAGCUUCUGAUCUGGAAGGAAACAUUCCAAGCGUGGACCGGACCUACAAGCUGUACUAUGGGGGAGCCCAGAAGAGGCCGGACUCCAUGAGUUCCCGAGCGGUCCUCGACCACACUGGCAAAAUCCUGGCCUACGUGGCAGACGGGAGCAUCAAAGACAUCCGUAACGCUGUGGAAGCAGCCCACAAGGCAACCGCAGGGUGGGCAAAGCAAACGGCUCAUACUCGGGCGCAGAUCUUGUACUACUUGGCUGAGAAUCUGGAGCUGCGUCGAGCUGAAGUUGCAUCCCAACUCGAGGCCUUGACUGGUGCGGAGAAAGAAGAGGCCCUGCGGGAGGUGGACCUCAGCAUUCAGAGGCUGUUCCACUGGGCAGCGUAUUCUGACAAGUACGGCGGGGUUGUGCAGGAAACCGUUUUGUACGGAGCCUCCCUUCUCUUCCGAGAGCCCCUCGGUGUGGUGGGAAUCGCCUGCCCCGACGAACAGCCCCUGCUUAGUUUCAUCAGCUUGUUGGCUCCUGCUGUCGUCCGUGGCAACUGCGUGGUGAUGGUCCCCAGCGAGCGGUACCCUUUGCCUGCCCUGGAUUUCUAUCAGGUGCUUGACACCUCGGAUGUCCCCGGCGGAGUGGUGAACAUCAUCUCAGGCAACCGGGACCUUCUCAGCCGGGGUUUAGCUGAGCACCAAGAUGUACAAGCCAUGUGGUACUUUGGCUCCAAGGAGGGUUCUGCGUUUGUGGAGUGGGCCUCCUCUGGCAACCUGAAGAGGACCUGGGUGAACUACGGAGCGAAGGGCCGUUGCUGGUCCAACCUGUGGGAAGGAGCCGGGGAAGAACUUCUCCACCAGGCCACCCAGUGCAAAAGCGUCUGGAUGCCGAUGGGCGACAUAUUUGCCAACUGAGCCUCCGAACCAGUGGGCAGGACUGCAAGGCAGUCGACAAAAGGGGGAAGGGGAGAAUAAAGACUGUUUGGUAGCGAUUCGUAAA